AUGACGCCAAACACAGCGGAAGAAAUCACCAACCCGCGCCGAAUCCUAGCGGUUGCUCUCACCGACUCCUCUGACCAUCUCGGCGCCGUCAUCAGAGACUUAACCGGCACGGCCCCCACUCCCCAACAGCAACAAACCUCCUCCUCCGCAGAAGAUUCAUCAUCAACAUCCGAACAACAACAACAGGAUUCAACAGAACUCUCGCCAUCCCUAGCAGGAACAACCCACCCCCUCCCCCUCUCCACGCCCUACUACACCGCUUCCGUCCCCAUCUGGCUCGAUCUCAUCUCUUCCCCCGCCGAAUGGUCAGCGAGUUUUCUGAGCGAGGAGGCGAAGGAGGUGCUAGGGGUGUUGGGCGGGGUUGUUUGUGUUUUUGAGAUUCCCUCUUCUUCUUCUUCGAAGAAAUCCACCGGUGCAUCGUCUUCAUCAGGGACAGGGACAGGUGUGGGACAACAACAACAACAACAACAACAACAACAACAACAACAACAACAAGAAAAGACGAAGGAGUUUAUUGAGGGUGUGGGCAAGGUGGUUAGGGAGGGGUUGGGCGGGUGGGAGUGGGAUGGGGUUGGGUUGGCUGUUGGUGUUGCCACUACGGUUGGUGGGGAUGAAAUGGAUGUCGACAUGGAGGAUGAGAUCAACGAGUGGAGGAUUGUGUGCGGAGUGGGGGUUGGAAAGGGCGACGAUAAGGAAAAGAGGAACGAAUACGGCGAAAAGAUGGGCAUCGCGAGAGUGCUAGAGGCGCUGCAGUCCAACGACUGGUCAGGCGGAGACGGUGCGGGUUCCACGGAAGGAGGUGGACCUUUCGGCGGGUCUGAAGACGACAAAGAUACCGACUACAUUGAUGAGAAUGACUGGGAUACGGAGGACGAGUUUGAUCUGGGCUUUGGGUACACCAAGAAGCAGAAGGCGGAGAUGCGUAAAGCGUUUUGGAAGGGGACUGGGGAAUCGGACAAGACGACGGAGGACUUGAAGGCGUUUAGGAAUGUUAUGCAAACUGUGGAUGGGUCGAGGGGGGAUGCGUGGGACGCGAAGAUGAAGAAGCAGGCCAGAGAGGGGUUUUGGAAGCAGUUCGAGGAGGAGGUGAAGGAGAAGAUGAAGGAGGAAGUUAAAGGGAAUGGGAAGAAGGGCAAGGAGCAAUCUGCCCCCGUCACAGCAAAGGCUGGACAGAGUGCUGGGCCUGGGUCUGGGUCGGGGACAGGAGACAAGGUGAAGAAGGAAGAUGAUGAGGAAGAAGAAAUAGGAGAGGAAGAUGUGGAGAAGAUCGCCAAGAUGAUGCUCAAGCUGCAAGCGGUUAGGGAUAUGAGCGGCACAGUAUCGGAAGAGCAAAGGAGGAAGUUGGCGUUGAAGGCUGUUGAGGAGGUUAUGAGAGAGUUGUAG